ACAAUUUGUACUCUAUUUAAGAGAAAGUACAGAAGGUAAAUGAAAGGAACUGAUCGUACAUUUUCAAAGAAAUACUCCGGCAAUACGACUUUCUCCGAUGAUAACGGUUUUGUCAUGGGGUUUAACAGUGACUCGACUACUUCCGGCUUCUUUAUUGAGCCCUUUUUGCUUCAUUACAUCUCUCAACUUAUCAACAGAAUCCCAUCUUCCAAAUGCUGCAUAGAAAUUCGAAAGAAGCACGUAAUUGCUGGGCUUAUCCGGUUCCACUUCCAACAGACGCUUCGCGGCAAUCUCGCCUCUGGCAAUAUCUUGAUUAAGACUACAAGCGUUUAGCAAUGCUAUCCAAACUGCUGCUGUAGGGUUUGUACCAUUCUUAACCAUACCAUCAAAGAGAGACCAUGCCUCGUCUAUUCGACCAGCUCGACCUAAAACAUCAAUGAAGCAAGCAUAAUGUUCUCGAUCCGGGUCAAGACCAUACUUCUCCCUCAUUAAAUGAAAACACUUUCGGCCUUCUUCAACUAGCCCAGAAUGCCCACAAGCAGAUAAAACAGCAAGAAAUGUUACAGAAUUGGGCAUAACUCCAUUUCUGUUCACCUCCAUCUGCUUGAAUAACUCGAGAGCUUCAAUCCCAUAUCCAUGACUACCAUACGCAUCGAUCAUGCUCGUCCAUGAAACCACGCAUUUGUUUGAAAUCCCAUCAAACAAUGAUCUUGCAUACAAAAUCUUCCCGCACUUUGCAUACAUAUCCAAUAUAGCAUUACAUAAUUGGGUAUCAUCGGUGAACCCAAAAUGUAAUGACAGACAGUGAAUUUGCUUUCCAAUCCACAAAUCGGAGUUUUCAGAGCAAGCUCCUAGAGCACUAGUAAGUGCAACUACAUUGGGUCUCAUUUUACUCAUAAUCGAAAAUGCCUCUUUGUACCUUCGAUUUUUAAUGCAGCCACUGAUCAAAGAAUUGCACAUUACAUUGUCUUUUCUAUCUUUUAAACUGGAGAAAACUUUCAGGGCAUCGUUAAUACGUUCCAUAUCCGAGUAAAAGUCGACGAGAGCAGUACUCAGAAUCACUAAAUCACGACCAAACACAACAACCAAACCAUGAAUCUGCUUUCCUUGUGCAAUAGCCUUCAAAGAAGAACAAGCUUUUAACACAGAACACAACGUAAACUCGCUAAGCCUCACUCUUUCUCUUCUCAUUCUUGCAAAAACAUGAAGUGCAUCUUUAGCAAGACCAUGCCUCAAAAAGCUCGAAAUCAUAGCAUUCCAAGUCACAACAUCCUUCAGUUCAAUUUCUUCAAACGCCCUAACCGAGUCACCCAAGCAUCCAUACUUGGAAUACAGGUUCAUUAGUGCAGUUUUGGCUACCGUUCCGGCAUCCACGCCUGUUUUAAUCAUUAGUCCAUGCACUUGCUUUCCAUAUUUCGUGCCCGGCAAAGCAGAGCAGGCACUCAAAACCGGGGUAAUGGUGUACGCAUUAAGGUCACAGCAUGAAAAAUGCAUGUGACAAAAGAGAGCCCAUGUUGCUUGAACGUUGCCACUGCGAAAAUACGAGGCAAGUCGAACAUUAAAUGAACUGAUAUCCCCAAGAGGCAAUUCUUCAAGCGAGUGGCGGAUGUGGGCAUAACGUUUAUGAAGCUUUUUAACGGGGACUUUGAUUGAAGCAAUCGCUCGAAGGUUCCUGACUUGAUAACUAAGAUAAUCAAUGCAACGACGAGAUACAGACAUAAAUCCGUGAGACUAGGUCGCUUAGCCUAAGAAACUGCAAUUUAGGCGAAAAAUGUUUAAUUGUAGUUACAGAUUCCAAAAAGUUAAAAUACCUAAACCCAAAGAUUCAAACUUUUAAUCGUUUAGGAAAAUCUUUGAUGGCAAAACAAAACCAAAAUCAAACAGGAGAGACAAGAUCCCAUAUCAAAUAUGAAAAAAACCAUUCUUCAUGAACCAAAUAUAUAUAUAUAUAUAUUCAGGCGGGAAGCAUUGAGAGAAGAUGGAGGGGAGAGUAAACGAGAAGAUUGACCUUGGAUCCUAAUAAAAUCCAUCGAAAAUGAGCCCGCAGCCACCACCUGGAUUCAAUUCAUGGAAGGUUGGGUCCAGUUCUGCGACAAUUAAGCCCGGCCCUUAACCUAGCUGCCUAAUCUACCUUAUGCCUCCAUUACACCCUAAAUCUUCUCUUUUUUCUUUUCGUGAUUUGAUCAUUAUUAUAUUUUGAGACCAUUUUUCCAUGUAAUAUGGGAAAUCAUGCCACAGUACAACCGUUCAUUGAAUAAAUGAAAUAAUAAGUUGGUAGGUGGGCGAGUCUUUACUAAUUAGUGGCGGUAUGUGUUUAAGUUGUCUGCCAAAUGGCAGGGCCCGUCAUUUUCAAGAGAUUAUGCCUAAUAAUGUUAACAAUAUGUAAUGGUUGCAAGGACAAGGCUUAAUGAUUCAAUGUUUCCCCUACUUGGAAGAUUUUGGUAUCUUUAAGACAAAGGGUGAUGACCUUGGCACACUAGCUAUAAUUGAGUAGGUGAGGGAAAUAAAUAUCGGAUCAUGCCUCAAUGUGUGUGUUAUACUACACGAUGCUCUCCUUGUCUGACUUUUUGUUAAGAUUUGGCUGUGGUAUUCAAUGAUUCCAACAACUUUGUCAAAUUUUUCGUAAAUUUUAUUUAUUGAAGAAUCAGAUUUUGAUGCAAGUACAUACAGAUAUGUCUGAAAAUGAAAUGAGAUACCAUGCAUUAAUGUGCAGCAGCAAGCUCCAAUUGCUAAGCCCAUUGAAAAAGCUCAUAAAUCAGAAAAAGAUGCAGAGCAUCGGUUCAAUGGUUCCUUUUUGAAGCAAUGGUAACCCUUUCUCAAUCCAUCAGCAUCACUGCUUCCUUUUUAAGUAGAAACUAAUAUUGCCCAAGUUGUCUUAAUCGCAUGGCUAAAUCCUGUGUGUCGAAAACCUUUAUGAAAUCAUCAAGUUGUUUUAUGUGACAUUUUCUUUAAUCUUUUCCAUAGUCAAACAUGUAAGAAGAAAAUCAAUGCCAUGAGCCCAUCGCCAAUUGGUAAGAUACGUGGUAGUAAUUUAAUCGGGUUUCAUUCUUUAAUAGGGCAUUCUAAAUGUUGACUAACAUGACUUUUAACACUAUCAUCAAGAAAACAAAUAAAAUUAAGAUAGGGUCAUAAUUGAGCCCCAACCAACACCUACUCAUUCAUGGAGGGAGGAGGGGAGGCCCUCAUCUGUCACCAACUCCCCCUCUUUUCCCUCCAUAAAUGGCUUACUAUCAUCAUUCAUCCCACCACUAACGCAUUAAAAUAGCAAAGUAUUCCUUCACCAUAACACUCUCCUCUCCUCUCCUCUCCUCUCCAUACUUUGAAAGAAAAAAAGGUUUUCUCAAAGCGAAAAUCCUCCCAAAACUGGAUUAAGAAGAGCAAAAGAAAAAAAAAAAUGAACCCCAAGAGCACCUUCAUGUUGGCUGUUCUGCUACUUACAGCUUCACUAACUGCAGCAGCUAGGCCAGAGUCAUUUGAACCUUUAUCAUCUGAGCAAAAGGACAACAAAGGCAGCGGCAAACCAGGCAGCCAAAACAACAAAGGUAGUGGUGGAAACACUGGUGGGAUGGGAGGCUUCUUCGGUCCAGGGCCUGGAUUUGGAUUGCCAGGGUUUGAAAAAGGGUGGGGAAAUGGGAUCGUAGGCGGUGGCUAUGGAGCUGGCUUCGGAGGUCCUACCGGAGGGUACUCAAAAGGUGGUGUUAUUAGAACUACGGUUGUUUGCAAAGAAAAAGGUCCUUGUUUUAACAAGAAGCUAACCUGCCCUGCUAAGUGCUUCACCUAUUUUAGGCGGUCGGGAAAAGGUUACGGUGAGGGUGGCGGUGGCGGUGGCUGCACCAUGGAUUGUAAGAAAAAAUGCAGUGCUUACUGUUAAGAGGGUACCAUACAGUAUAAGUACUUGCUAUAUCGUUUAAUAUCUAGUUGCUAAACCAUGUAUGAUUAUAUAUGAGAAGCAUCGAGUAGCUUUUAUUAAAAGUUAAAUAAUAUACAUAUUUAAGGGGGUAUAUUUAAUGUUGUAAGAGUUCUCUGUUUUUAUUUUUAGAAUGAGCUUUCCCUGCAUGAAUUGAAAUAAACAAUAAAGAAAGAAAAUAAUAAAA